AUGGAAAGAAACUUGACUAUUAGUGGUUCAACUCCAUACACAAAUCUCUCAGCUGUUCAAACAAAUUCCGAUCGAACUGGCUUGUUUAUUGCUCUAUUUCUAUUGUUUCUUCUUUUUAUACUGAUUUCUUAUCUGUUCUACAGUUUUCUUUCGAUGAAACGUUACUCUAGUCAGCCUAUUACACUCGGCAAUAAUCGACUCGAAGAAAGUCCUAAUAAUAAAAUUAUCUUCAAUGAUAGUGAUGAUCUUAUCGAUAAUAAUGGCGAUUUUAUUCUCAGGACAAAGAGUUCAUUCUCGGAUUGUGGCACAUCUGUUCGUUCCUCGUCGAUACACUCAUCGAGAUUUCCGCAAGCCAAACGAAGUAGCUCAUACAAACUUUGCUCUCAACCGUCAAAUUAUCUCCUAACACCACAUUUAUCAACACAGUUUACAACAGCGAGUCACGAUGGUGACUCAUCACCCACCAUCAUUAUCGAACCGAAUGAUGUUCAAUUAGCAAGUGCGUUAUCUCGUUCAAUAUCGAAAUAUUAUGAACGGAAACGGAAACCGAAAUUAAAACGACGAACUCAUUCAUGUGAAGAAUUAAUGAUUCAAACUCAAGCAAAACAAUUACGUCCGUUACAACCAACAGCGUCACUACCCAUGCGUCGAAGUUUGCAACAACCUCACGGGCCAAACCAUCAGCAAUCACGAAAACAUCUGUUGCAAACGUCAUCGUUCCGAAGAAAACCAACGACGAUCUAUGAACUAUACAAGUCCGAUCGAAUGAGAAUAUCUAAUCUUCUCGUUUCAGAUGCCUAA